AUGUGUUUUACUGUUUUGUUUAUCAAUUGUUCAUCGUUUGUGUUUAUAUUGGUUUUUUGGAGUUGCGUUUAUAACUUGUUUGCUUUGAUAUUAGGCUUCAAUCGGUCAACAUAUUUCACAAAGAAAUCAAAGAAAUCAGAUAUUUUUGACCCUAGAAAUUGGGAUUCUCUUGAUAUUAAAUCAAGAGAUAUUUUAAUUGAAAAAGGGCCAAUAAGAGAAAUGAAUCUUGUGUUUCCUAAAGAUAAAUUUUCUAGACAUUUUUCUUAUGCAUUUUAUACUAGAAAGUUAAAUAAUGGAUAUAAUGAUUGGAAACAUCUUAGUGAGAGACUUAAAGAACAUGAAAAUAGUAAUGAACAUUUUGUUUGUAUGAGUAAUUGGAAUGAGGCAAAACUAAGAUUAGAUAAAAACCUUACAAUUGAUAACGAAUUACAACAAGAAAUAAUAAAAGAAAAAGAACGUUGGAGACAAGUAUUAAGAAGAAUAAUAGCGGCUGUGAAAUUCUUAUCUAAAUAUAAUUUGGCUUUUCGAGGGUCUAAUGAAAAACUUUUUCAAGAUAACAAUGGUAACUUUUUAGGAGUAAUCCAAAUGAUGGUUGAAUAUGAUGUUAUAAUGCAAGAUCAUAUAAGAAGAAUUGAAAAUAAUGAAACUCAUUAUCAUUAUCUUGGCUAUAAAAUUCAAAAUGAACUAAUUUCUCUUUUAGGUGACACGGUUAGAAAUUCUAUCAUUAAAAUAGUUAAAGAGGCAAAAUAUUUUUCUAUAAUUCUUGAUUGUACUCCCGAUGUGAGUCAUCAAGAGCAAAUGACUUUGAUUGUACGAUGUGUGAAUUUUUCUUCUAAAAAAAUACAAGUUGUUGAAUAUUUUUUAGAAUUUUUAAAAGUAGAUGAUACUUCUGGUUUGGGACUUUUGAAUGAAUUGUUAGAUGCAUUAAAAUUGUUAGAUCUUAAUGUGGAUGAUAUAAGGGGUCAAGGUUAUGAUAAUGGGUCUAAUAUGAAAGGAAAACACCAAGGGGUUCAAAAAAGAAUGCUUGAAAUUAAUCCUAGAGCUUUAUAUAUGCCUUGUGCUUGUCAUAGUCUUAACCUUACGGUUAGUGAUAUGACACUUUCUUGUGAAAAAGUUGUUUCAUUUUUUGGAAUCGUGCAACGCCUUUAUACAUUAUUUUCUAGUUCUACUAAAAGAUGGAAAAUAUUGUUAGAUAAUGAUCCAACUUUAACCUUAAAAUCAUUAUCUAAUACUCGUUGGGAAAGUAGGAUUAAAAGUAUAAAAGCAAUUAGAUUUCAAGCUCCUCAAAUAAAAGUUGCUUUGCUAAAAUUAUGUAAAGCAUGUGAUGACCCAAAGUCAAAAAGUGAAGCUAAAAGCUUACUUAAAUCUUUUGGGAAAUUUGAAUUUUUAGUUGGUAUGGUUAUUUGGUAUGAAGUUUUAUUUGCUAUAAAUAUUGUAAGUAAAAAGUUGCAAUCUAAAUCUAUUUGUAUUAACACUACUAUUAACCAAAUAGAAAAUAUUAUGAAGUUUUUUGAAAAAUAUAGAAAUGAAGGUUUUACAUCAAGUAUGAAUAUUGCUAAAACUAUUGCACUAGAUAUGGGUGUAGAGCCAAUAUUUCCAUCAAAACGUCGUAUUGUUAGAAAAAAGCAAUUUGAUGAAAGUGAUCAUGAAGAAGAAACACAAUCGGUUGAAGAGUAUUUAAAAGUUAAUUAUUUUUUGGUUGUUGUAGAUAUGACAAUUGUUUCAUUAAAAAAUAGAUUUGAACAAUUAAAAAACUUUGAAAGUAUUUUUGGGUUUUUAAAUGAUUCAAAGAAAUUAAAGUCAUUAAGUGAAAGUGAACUUAAAGAAAGUUGUAUAAAGUUUGCUACUACUUUUUCUAAAGAUAAUGUUUCUGAUGUGGAUUCAAGUGAACUUUUUUCAGAAUUGAAAGUGUUGAAAAUGACUUUACCUAAUGAUAUAAUUUAUGCUGUUGAAAUUUUGGAUUAUGUUAAAGUUGUUGAUUGUUACCCAAAUACUUUUAUUGCAUAUAGCAUUUUGUUAACCAUUCAUGUUACUGUUGCAUCUGCAGAGAGAAGUUUUUCAAAGUUAAAGUUAUUGAAGAAUUAUCUAAGAUUGUCGAUGUCGCAAGAAAGGUUGAACGGAUUGACAAUGUUAUGUAUAGAGAAAUACAUGUUAGAUAAAAUUGAUUUGGAUAACAUUAUUAAUGAUUUUGCAUCUAGAAAGGCUAGGAGAAAUAUUUACCUAUAA